AUGCCUCCUCGAAGCUCGUUGACGAGCUCGUUCUCCGUCACCGACGCCAACAAUGAAGUGGUCUGUCCUUUGAAGAAUAACGACGCUUCCAAUUGUCGCAAGCGAUGUCUAGGAGAAAAGCGCUAUCGCUCUAUGCAGGAGCAUAUCCGACGUGCACAUCCGAAUCACUACAUCCCGAAGCUCCCGGCUACCGAAGAGAGCUUCCUACUGAUGGUUAACACCCCGCCCGAACAACGUGCCCAGUUGUCUCCGCCAGAACUGCCGCAGCCACGGCGCCCUCGCGAUGUGGCGGGUAGAGACAUCUACGUAGCUGACGCCAGCUCUCCGGCGACCCCGCGAGCUCUCGACGAACCUGGCCCCGCCGCAGCAACGGCAGCCGUCGCUCUGGCACAAUUGCACCACCAUCGUCUCGCUUCAGACUGGGAUACUGACAUGGACACCCACUCCGACACCGAUCUCCACCAGGGCCGUAUGCGCUCUUCUAUCGAACUGCCUUCGCUGCGCGAUCACUUUAAACAAGAAUCCAUGCCACCGUUCUCUUCGCCUCGCCCGCGGGAGCUCCUUCCGUCCAUUCUCAAUCAUUCGCCUCCCGGUCGCUCAUCAACUCUUCCCCCGAUCCAACGAAGAGAUCACAAGCUUUCUAGGCCGCGCAAAUCGUCAAUCACGCAAUCGGCCCGCAAACCAAAACACGAUCGCCCAAAAUCCAAGGAGUUUGGUCGGCGCCCGAGUCUCGGCGACCGUAAAGCUCUUUCUGCUGAACCACAGACUGCAGCAUGGGCGCAAGGCAAGCGCUGGGAGGAUCUGAUCGAAGCAGCGACCUCGGCAACCGAAGCGGACGAUGAACAGUACUCCGAAGCCGGCCGAUCUCCAACGAUCGCCCCGCUCCUCGCUAACGUCACUUCUGCACCUGGAUCGAAAAACCGAUCCUCCCUGCCCCCGGCAUUCCAAUCUGUCCAAAGCCUCCCACCUCUGAACCGCCAGUUCCCACCCCACUCAUAUACUGCCUCACCACUGCACAAGUCCCUCACGCCACCACCAUUUGAAGGACCCCGCAGCCGCGACAGUGACAUGGAACCAUUCCCCUCAAUCGAAUCUUCACUCGACUCGAUGUCCAACGCCUCAGGAAAGAACUUCCCGCCUUCAUCGUCGGGAAUUGCACACUCAAUCAACUCCGACUCAAGUCCCGUGCUCAAUCUCAUCCCACCCGUCUCGCAGCGCCAGCACCACCGAUUUUCGAACCCGACGCCUGCUUCAUACCGCAAUAAAGAGGUCCAAAUCUACUGCGCUAAUUGCAAGCGUCCCUGGGCGCUAAACGAGUGUUACGCUUGUACGGAGUGUAUUUGCGGCGUCUGUCGUGAAUGUGUCGGUAUGUUCAUCACAAGUCCGCCGGCUCAAUUCAGGAGUCCGGGCAAUGGAGCAUUGAACCAUAUUCCUGGUCCGACGAGUUACCCCGCUGCCGCUGCGAGGGGGUGUCCGAGGUGCAGGACGGUGGGCGGGAAGUGGAAAGCUUUCCAAUUGGAUUUUAAGUGA